UUCCGCCAUUAAUGCCGUAGCGUCUCCCGGAGCCUACGCACGCUGCCGCUCCCCCGGCGCCACGCCCCCUGCUCCUAGACCUCCUCUCUGCGCAGCCGCAAUCGCGAGUGGGCGGUCCGCUACCCUCUCUGCACGUCUGGAAAUGCCUGGUAAUUCUGCCGCGGAGCCCCCGGAAGGUGACAUUGCACUGAAUGGAAUUCUCGACUGGGCAUCUCGCCUAGGUUCCUGGGCAAAAAACUGGUCCUAUUUGAUUCGUACCGGCCACCGUCUAGACCUUCCUGGAUUUGGACUUUGUUAGAGUUGGAGAGGCCGGCCAUUUAACUUUUGAGAGUUGUAGAUUUUGUAUGUGUUUUAACCUUACAAAUAGACUCCGGUUGUCAGUCGAGCCACGCUAUCCCUCUCCGUGAAAUACGAAGAACGAAUACGCCCCGUGGUCGUCACGUGACGCCAGGGUCCAGCGUAUCCUCUCCCGGCAACCGUCCUAGAGACCGACGCCGCUGUCUGCAACAUGAACGUCAUCUACCCGCUGGCGGUGCCUAAGGGGCGCCGGCUCUGCUGUGAGGUGUGCGAAGCCCCGGCCGAGCGGGUGUGCACGGCCUGCACAGUCACUUACUACUGUGGUGUAGUGCACCAAAGAGCUGACUGGGGCAGCAUCCAUGAGAAGAUAUGUCAGCUCCUGAUUCCUCUGCGCACUUCCAUGCCCUUCUACAAUUCGGAGGAAGAACGGCAGCAUGGUCUGCAACAGCUGCAGCAGCGACAGAAGCAUUUGAUUGAAUUCUGCUACACUGUAGCCCAGAAAUAUCUCUUUGAAGGAAAACAUGAAGAAGCUGUCCCAGCAGCUUUACAUUCUCUUCGCUUCCGUAUGAAUGUAUAUGGCCUGAGUUCAGUAGAGCUUGUGCCUGCUUACCUGCUGUUGUCCGAGGCUAGCCUUGGUCUGGGUCGGAUUGUCCAGGCUGAGGAAUAUCUAUCCCAAGCCCAGUGGACAGUCCUCAAAUCAACUGAGUGCUGCGCUGCCAUCCACUCUUUAUUACAUCGGAACCUAGGGCUUCUCUACAUGGCUAAGGAAAACUACGAGGAAGCCCGUUAUCAUCUGGCUAAUGAUAUAUAUUUUGCCAGUACUGCAUUUGGGACAGAGGACAUCAGGACCUCAGGAGGCUACUUCCACUUGGCCAAUAUCUUCCAUAAGCUUAACAAGUUGGACCUGGCAGACACGCUGUAUACCAAGGUCACUGAGAUCUGGUAUAAAUAUUUGAAUAAUCAUUACCAAGUCCUCUCACAUUCUCGGCUUCAACAAAUAGAUUUACUGGGCAAAAAAUUUGAGAACGACACUGGCUUAGAUGAAGCCCACGAAGCAGAAGCCAUUCGGAUCCUGACGUCAACUUUGAGCAUACGAGAAUCUACAUCUAACACAGACCCAGAGAAAACUGUCUUCAUUCUGAAAACCCUGGUCUUGCUUUACUACCUGAUGAUGAAUUAUUCAAAGGCCCAGGAAUACGCUAUGGCAGCCUUCACCCUCGCCAAAGAAAAGCUCAGUGUCCAUGAACAAAGCACCAUUCAAGAGUUAUUGAAUCUCCUCGCAGCCGAAGAAUCUCAUUCUCGGUGACCCAUGAGAUCCACGUUGGUGCUAUAGAAGGGACUAUUGAAAGUCUUAUAUACCCCAGCCUUGUACACUACUUUGAGGUACUAUCGGUUGCUGACAUUUCUACCCUCUUCCCCUAGAACUGUACACAUAGCUGUGGUUUUAUUCUUACAGAGCAUAUGUGAGGGCAAGUAGGAAUAGAAAGGCGUGGAAAUUAGUAAAACUAACUUUAUGGUGCUGAGAUGUUUGUCGUUUAUCAUGACCUUUGUACUUAGCGUCAUUGCUCAACUUUGAAUAAUAUGCUCUUAGAUCACUAAUAUGGUAAUUGUAAUUAAACUGCAAAUAAUUUGUCAUAUUUUCCUGAAGUCUCCCAGUGAUGCGUGUUUCAAAGGUCUUUGCCAAAGAAGGAGGUAAGGAAUGGAGCUAUACUGGAGCAACUUUUCUCUAUUCUGCUGGAAUUAAGUUAGCAUUAAUCUGAAGUAGAUUGUAAUUUUUAAAAAGGCCCAUUAUAAUUCUUAGAGCAAUCACUAGGAAAGUAACUCCAAAAAUAGUUUAAAAUCAAAAAAUUAAAAUGGUACACUAGGAAAUAUCCACUUAAUACAAACCAUACCAAAAAACCAAACCCUUUGCCAUCGAGUCAAUUCCGACUCAUAGCGAUCCUAUAGGACAGAGUAGAACUGCCCCAUAGGAGCGGCUAGUGGAUUCAAACUGCUGACCUAUUGGUUAGCAGCCGAGCUCUUAACCACUGUACCACCAGGACUCCAUCUUAAUACAAAAAAAAGACACCAGUAAAAGAGGAACCGAGGAACAAAAAGGACGUGAGACACAGGAAAAACCAAUAGCAAAAUUGCAGACUUGAGUCAUGGCUCUUUGCCAGAAGAGAUCCCUGGGCCUCACAAGGGGUCCAGGUAUCGUCUGGCUGAGAUACCAUUCCAGGCUAAUGUCUUUAUUUUCUCAAUGAUUUGAAGCAAACAUGAACCACAUGUACUGUCUAGAGGAGAAAGACUCUGAAAGGUGAUAUGAUACAGGGGAAAGAGUGCAGGACUUGGUUCAAAUCCCAGCUUUCUCUAACAUAAUAGCUUUGUGACCCUGAUCCCCCUAUACCCUCAUUCAUUACUGUUGUAAAAUGUUCCAGAUAUGGCCACAGCUAUAUCAACUCCUCCCAUUGUGAUGACUGUGGUCGUUUAGCACAUCCAUUUUAUCUCCCUUAGUUCCUCUCCAGACUCACCAAGCAGCCUACCAAUUAGCACUUGGCUUCCUGAGUAAAUCUGCACCCAGGGAGAGAGAUAUGCAGGUCUAGGGCCUGUGGAAGACAUACUGUAAAUUAAUUAGCUCAGACACAAUAAAAAGGUCAGAUUGGGUCCCCCUGUCCCUUCAACUCUUGGUAAAAUGAGCUGGAACCCCGUUUCCACACAUUUGGACAUUGUAACACUUUUCCAAGAUGACUAUGAAGUCCCUGGGGCUUACUUUUCUUCCAGCCAUCUUGCACUCCAGUUUCCAGUUUCAGUUGAAUCUUCAUUUGUCACUCUGCGUCUUGGAGCUGUUUCUUCAUCUUAGGCACACAGCUCCUUCUUGAUUCUCACCCUCCAACCAGAAAUAUGAAGCAACUGUUAAUGAAGACUGGGGGGGAUGGGUAUCAACAACUGUUCAGCAGAUAAUUUAAAGGAGAACAUUAGAACGUCUCUAUUUGAAAAAAGUCCUUAAAAUUUUUUUUCCCCCCUCUUCCUUUAAAGGGUAUUGUUGACGUUUGUUUUGUCUCUAUUUGAAAAAAGUCCUUAAAAUUUUUUUUCCCCCCUCUUCCUUUAAAGGGUAUUGUUGACGUUUGUUUUGUCAGGCAGUUCAGUUAACUUGUGGAUCAGUUAGAUUCAAGGCUUGUUUUUAAGCUUUAUAGGGUGAAUUUACAGCACUUUUACUCCCUGACUGUGGUUCUCAAAGUGAGGUUCAGGGUUCCCUGGAGCUCCCCAGGACCCUUUCAGGGGGUUCAGAAGGUCCCUCCUUUUCCAACUAUGUAUUUGUGUACAGGGCCAGAUUUUCUUCACAUACUUUAACCAAAACAACAUAUUACAACAGCUUGAAUGCAGAAUCAGAUAUGAAAAUCCAGCUGUCUUCCCUUAAACCAAACAUUAAAUAGAUUUGUAAAUAAUGUAAAACAAUGCCAUUCUUCUCACUAAACUUUUAUUUUGGGAAAUAUAGUUACUUUAGUAUAAAAAUAUGUUAUUUAUACUAAUGUGCGGUAGGUUUACUGUAUUUUUUUAAAAUAAAUCGAUUAAGUAUUUAAACAUUUCUAAGUUUAAUUUCUGAUAUGGUAACUAUUGAUAGCUGUAACCCACAUCAAAAAAAAGCUCUUUGGGGGUCCUCAGCAAUUUUUAAGAGUAUCAAGGGCUCCUAAAGCAAAAAGUAAGAACCACUGCUCUAGAUGUGACUCUUCUGUGUUCCCUACUGAUUGUUUGAUUGCCUCGCAUGUUCAGUGAGAUUUCUUUACUCGUACUGGAUGGAAUUAGAAUGUCUCUUAGUGUUUCAGAGUUAGAAGAUUGUUCAGCUUAUACCUCCCUGGCAGUUGUUCCUUGUUCAGCUUCAUGAAGUUUAACCCUGUGCAGGUACAGAUCAGCAUUCGGCCAAACCUUAAGGGGAUGCUUAUGCAGAUUUCUGGAGCUUUUUUUUUCUUCAUAGCUCCUGUUGACUGGUGCUCUGUCCUGCAUAGUUUAGCUGCUUCAACUUCCCCAAACUCCCAUUGUUAUCUCUUCAACUUAGGAAGACUUUCAUAUUCUGCUAGAGUUCCCCUUCCCUGUGCCAUGCCCUAAAAAGUGCCUUGAGGUAAAAAGCAAAGAUGAUCCUUUCUCUCACAGAUUACAGUCCUUCAGUACCUAACAUCCAAAUGUCUAAAAACAGUUGUGUCAUAUAAUUAGUCUAGUUUUAUUGGUGUUUACAGUGGGAAGGAAAAUUACGUACCAGUUUCUCCUUAAUGGCCAGAAAUGGAAGUUCCAAAUUGAUUUUUAUACAUUGAUGUUUGUGUUUAGCAACCUUCUUUGCUAAACUCUCUUAUUAAUUCUAAUAAGUUAACUGUAAAUUUAAAAAAAGUUUUAUAUACACUAUCAUAUAGUUUGUGAAUAAUGAUCAUUUUAUUUCUUAUUUUAAAUUAUAUUUCUUGCUUACUGCACUAGCUAAGACCUUUAGUAGUGUGUUGGUUAGAAGUUGUGAUGGUGAUCGUCCUUGACUUUUUUCUGAUCCCAAGGGUAAAGCUUUCAGUGUUUCACCAUUAAGUCUGAUGUUUACUUUAGAAUUUCUGUAGAUACUCUUAAUCAGGUUAAAGAGGUUGUCUUUAGUUUGCUAAAGGCUAUU